AUGGCUCCCUUGCCGCGUUCGGAUUCCACCAUUCCCGUGUCUCCAGGCGUGACCGAGGGCUUCAGUGAUGACAACUUCGCGCUCAGGGCUACCGUCGUGGUUUGCGCGGGAAUAUCAAUCUACAACGCGGUCGAGCUUCUGAUCCUCAUUAUCUCGACCUUUCGGCGCUAUGUGACCGUCUAUUUCUGGAGUCUAUUCGCCUCCACACUCAGUUUGAUUCCAUAUACGCUGGGGUACGCGUUCAAGUUCUUUGAAACCUUCUCGGGAAAUGGGAAAUGGGCUUCGCUCUCCUUGUUGACAAUCGGAUGGUAUGUGAUGAUCACGGGACAAAGCGUUGUCUUGUGGUCGAGAUUGCAUCUAGUUGUUGCUGGAGGCUCUGCGAGCAAGAUCUUGUUCUACACUAAGUGGAUGAUCAUCGUAGAUGCUAUCAUAUUGCAUAUCCCCACGACUGUGGUGACAUUUGGCUCCUUUGGCGAUCUCGCCACCAACAAUUUCGUCAAGGCGUACAACGUCGUGGAGAAGUUUCAGAUGACUGGCUUCUUUGUACAAGAAACAAUAUUAUCACUGGUCUACAUCAUCGCAACGGUAAAGCUUCUCCGAGAAUCUUUUAGAAAAAAGAGUCGCCAGCUCAUGUACCUGCUGGUCUGCAUCAACAUAGCUAUCAUCGCACUAGAUGUCGCUCUUCUUUCGAUUGAAUAUGCCUCGCUUUUGAUCCUGGAGACCGUGCUCAAGGGCGUGAUCUAUUCCAUUAAGCUCAAGCUCGAAUUCGCAAUUCUUGGCCGUCUUGUCAAGUUUGUCCGCAGCGACCAAAGAGAUCCCGUUGAAAACUCAUGUUCAACUCACGGCAGUUCAUCUCUUUCUCGACAGCAUCGGCAAUCACAGACGAGAUCAACAGACAUCAAUUUAGAAGAGGGACAUGCUCGGCAUCUCGAAGAAUAUGAUCAGCCUGCUCAUAAGGAUGUAUUUAGCAUGUCACGGUCCCAAGGGUCAACGGGAUCAAACCAAUUUCCUCUGAAAGAGCUUGGUCCUCUCUAG